AAAUUAGUGCCGUAAAAACCCUGCAGAUGCUCCAUGUGAACUUGGAGCCAAAGUAAAAGCCACCUCAGACGGCUUCUUGUGCAGCGUGUGUGCGUGUGUCAGCGUGUCUGUCUUGUAGGUGCUUGCAAAAAGAGAAAAACAGCCAUCUUUCAAACAUGGAAGACGAUUUUAUGAAGUAUCGUUCCCCGCUGGUCUCAAGAUAUGCAAGCAAAGAAAUGGCCUACAACUUCAGUGAUAGGAAGAAGUUCACUACCUGGAGGAAGCUGUGGAUUUGCCUGGCUAAAGCUGAGAAGGCUUUAGGUUUACCCAUUACAGAUGCUCAGAUCCAGGAGAUGGAGAGUCAUGUGGAGGACAUAGAUUUUGCCAUGGCUGCAGACGAGGAACGCAAGCUGAGACACGACGUCAUGGCUCACGUGCACACUUUCGCUCACUGCUGCCCGUCCGCUGCACCCAUCAUCCACCUGGGGGCGACGUCCUGCUACGUGGGGGACAACACGGACCUGAUUAUGCUGCGGGAUGGCUUUGACAUUCUGCUGCCUAAGCUGGCCAGAGUUAUCGACCGGCUGGCGAACUUUGCAGAAAAAAAUGCUGAUCUCCCAACGCUGGGGUUCACACACUACCAGCCAGCUCAGCUCACUACGGUGGGGAAGCGGGCGUGUUUGUGGCUGCAGGACCUGGCCAUGGAUAUGCGCAAUCUACAGCGAGCUCGCAAUGAUCUGAGGUUCAGAGGAGUCAAGGGGACCACCGGGACCCAGGCCAGCUUCCUGCAGCUCUUUCAGGGAGACCAUGACAAGGUAGAAGAACUGGACAGAAUGGUCACCGAGAUGGCUGGUUUUAAAAAAUCUUACCUGGUGACUGGACAAACAUACAGCCGCAAGGUGGACAUCGACUGCCUCUCUUGUUUGGCCAGUAUGGGAGCCACUGUGCACAAGAUUUGCACAGACAUCCGCCUCCUCGCUAACCUGAAGGAGAUCGAAGAGCCCUUUGAGAAAGAACAGAUAGGUUCUAGUGCCAUGCCUUAUAAGAGGAAUCCCAUGAGGGCAGAGCGUUGCUGUAGCUUGGCCCGUCACCUGGUGGCGCUCAUGGCUGACCCCCUGCAGACCGCCUCAGUGCAGUGGCUGGAGAGGACUCUGGAUGAUAGUGCCAACAGACGGAUCUCUCUGCCUGAGGCCUUCCUCACUGCAGACAUCAUUCUGAGCACCUUACAGAACAUCACCGAGGGGCUGGUGGUCUACCCCAAAGUCAUCGAGAGACACAUCCGCCAUGAGCUGCCCUUCAUGGCCACAGAAAACCUCAUAAUGGCCAUGGUGAAGGCCGGAGGAAACAGACAGGAUUGCCACGAGAAGAUUCGCGUCCUGUCCCAGCAGGCAGCAGCCGUGGUCAAACAGGAGGGAGGUGAUAAUGACCUGUUGGCCCGAGUCCAAGCUGACCCGUACUUCGCUCCGAUCUUGGGACAGCUGGACUCUCUGCUGGACCCCAAGACCUUCAUCGGCAGAGCCCCCCAGCAGGUGGCCCGGUUUCUGUCUGAGGAAGUGCGCCCUCUGCUGGAGCCAUACAAAUCUAAAAUGGAUGUCAAGAUUGAGCUGGAAUUGUGAUGUAAAUUAACUUGAAACAUGUAACUUUGACUUAGGCACUGGUAUUAAAUAAAAUUUAUAAAAAUUGCA